GUGUGUAAUAGCCUAACGGUGUUUACGUACAAGCAAUAGUUGCAUCGCUAUUCAGAUAUAUUGAUUUCAAUGAACUUAUUGACAAAACCAUUUUUACCAAAUCACUACAUUUUUACAAUAGUACGGUAAUAUUGCGUUCCAAACGUGUUGACAAAAAUAUUCCAACCAUAAUGUAAAAUAGAGGUGUGUUCUGUCAGUGUGCCUGGUCCUGAUUCUGAGUGAUUUGAUGAUGACCCUGAUUCUUAUCUUGGAAUAAUAUCUCUACAUAUAUCCAUUUUUGUAGUUCUUCAGAAUAAAAUUCAAGAUCACCGUUACAUUAUACUGGGUGUCCCAUAUAAUUUCAGGUGAGAUAAGACAGUUAUCAGUCGAGGCCAUGAGUUAUUAUCCCACAGAGAGAAGAGAAGGCUGCAUGGAGUCAAUCUCUAGGUGUUGUAGACAAGUGUACGUGUACCCACUAGACACACGCAAACUGCUCUAUGCUGGUGGCGCUGUAGUGGGUAUAAUACUGAUAGCAGUGAUCUGGUCAGGACUCUCAUCGCCCAACAGUAGCUCUUUUGUUCAGCCUUUCAAAGGUGGCAAAGUCCUACAAGAGUCUCCACUAGUUGUGGGGUCUAAUUUCUUUGCGGUAAAUCUGAGGAAUCUGGUACAGAACAACAUUUCCAAAGUAAACUUUGACCACAAUCUCAGCAAUGACACAGUGUUUGGGAACACAGCUUGUAAAAGCUGUCAGACGGAUAUUCCAAGACUUCAAAGCGGAUUUGUCGGAUCUCAGAUUUGGAGUUUGCGGGUUCCAUGCGAAGCUGAGUACAAGGAUGCUGUUGCUCUCACUCUAGAACAAGUAGAUGCCAUGUCUCGUCUGCUGUCCCACUACUCUGGCAACGUAACAAUUGUGAAAGAAAGCAGCGAUGUAACAGACGGGUUCAGGACAGACAGGCUGGGAGGGCUGCUAGCUGUUACUAGUGGACAUUCCUUCGACGGCCGCAUGUCUGUGUUGCGAACACUUCACAACCUCGGUGUCCGAGUCUUGUCCCUCACGUCCAACUGCUCCACGGCUUGGGCUUCAUCGUACAGUGACCCAAAUGAUUCAAUUGGACUUACUAGUUUUGGGGCGGCAGUUGUGAAAGAGAUGAACCGCCUGGGCAUGCUGAUUGACUUAUCAGAGGCUUCUCACAAAACACAACUGGACGUUCUCAGCAUAACCAAAGCUCCGGUUGUGUUCACGCGUGCAGCCGCUUACGGAGUUGUCAACAACUCUCGUAACAUCAAGGACGACGUUCUGCAGAAACUGAAAGAAAAUGGUGGUAUUGUGAUGGUCACAUUUGCGGCACAGUACCUCAACAACAACAUAACCAAUAUCUCCAUAAGUGAUGUUAUAAAGCACCUAAACUACAUGAAGAACAUAACUGGAGUUGACAAACUUGGUAUAGGAGCAGAGUAUGAUGCUCAGGAUGAAGUAUACCCUGCCCAUUUACAUGAUGUUUCUACAUUUCCUACUUUGUUUGAUCGUCUCGGAGAUGAAAAAUGGAGCGAGAACGAUCUGAAAAAGUUGGCUGGGCAGAACUUUCUUCGAGUGCUCCAAGCAGUGGAGAAGGCUGCAAAAGAAUCUGCAUCAUUGCCAGCAGAUGAGUCGUUCAAACUUGAAAUAAACUCGGACUGCUACUCGGACUAUAACUCAAGAUCAAAAUCAGCUGAUACUGUGACAACCAAUCAACCGACCACGGCUGGGACUGCAACAACACAAGUUACCAACACAACAGUACAAACCACCACACCAUCAACUUCAACAAUGACAACUCCAACAACGCUAGCACUUACCACUCAAUUGACUACAACCCCUUCAACAUUACCUACCACCAAAACCAACGCCUAACCAAGGUCUAACAAAAUAAUAUUUAAACAUUUUCAGUAACAUUAACCAUGAGUAAAACAAUUGAAUAGUUUAGAUUUUAUCAAUCUAUUUUAAUUUUUUAAUAAAAUGGGAUGCUAUGGUUAAAAACCUCCUAUUCAAAUCCAAAGGCUGCUGGAUUGAUUCCGAAAGGAUUGAUUCUGAGAUCCAGCUGCCCUUAAAUAUUGAUAUUUGUAUGAUAAUAUCAAUAAUGUAGCUUGAUGAAUGGAUUAUUCCCUUACAAAAAAUACAAAAAAUGCCACUUAGAUUAAAAUAUGUAUACAAAUUUGAAUAUUUUUUUAUUAAAUGCUGAAGAGGAUGCCAAUUGCCAAAUAAAAUAAUUUAAUUCAUGUAAACAUAAACUCUAAGGAUAAGUUAUAUCAUAAGUAUACAAACUGAUUACAUGAUACAAAUAUGUUUACAAUUUGUUAUUGUAAUUUUGUUUGUAUCUGUUUAAAGUGAAGAUAAUGAACUUUAGUCUUAUGAAGAUUGUAAAAAGACAAGAGCAUUUUGAAUUGCAUUAGAUGAAUAAGUGGAGAGAUGAAGCAAGGCCCCACUAGAAAAACAGGCCAUGCUGCAGGAUCCAUGACGUCACACUAGUGGAUAUAUUCACUACAAUAUCCCAUAUGUUUUUGGUAAAUGUUGGCUGUUUGUCAGAUUUUAAUCGUAAGAUUUUAGUACAGAAGUGUUGCGCUGCUCGCGCUGCAGCAUGGGCUGUUUUUCUAGUUGGGCCUAGGAUGAAAGCUUAGAUAAAAUUACAUUGCAUAUAUUUUGAAUCCAAGGGUAUUCUUCUUUCAAGGCCAUAGAGUUAUAAGAAAAAUUGACAUUGGUGAUAUUUAACUACUGUUUAUUUAUGAAGAUUGAUGAUGACCACUAGGAUUAGUGAAAGUAUAAAAAUUCUGACGGAGUUUACAACCAAACAAAUUUUACAGUUACUAUAUGCUUAAACACUUUAUCAAAUGUUGCAAGUUUUACUGUUGCUGUUAUAAAGCAUACAUUUCAUGUUGCUUUGUUGUAAAUAAAUUAGACUUUUUAGGUUUUACAGUAAAUAGUUGAGAUAGCAAUUAUAAAACCUAAAACACUGUAUAAUUUUUUUUUUUAUUAUAACAAUUAGACUCCUCAUGUUCGGACACCUAACUAAGGUCUGGACCGUAAUCCAAAACUAGUAACCGUAGUACAAACCAUCAAGCUUAAUACAAAAAAGAAAAAUCAUUGAGUAUUAUACACAAUAAAGGAAUACACCAGUAAAAAUCUGUACAUUUCAAAAAGCGCAAGGCAAACCAUUUGUGACUUGUUUAUUUUCAAGUUGUUUUGGACCAAGCGGUGUGUGUGUGUGUGUGUGAUUAGACAGGUCUGAAACAUUUAAACUUGGAACCAACCAAACGGAUCUGAAUAAAAGGGAGUCUACUGCAUCUUGUUGUGAUAUAUUGGACUAAUACAGUAAAAUGGAAGUGUAAGAUAUCCUUUAUUGACUAUGUUGUUUACUAAAUCUAUUGUAGAAUACUAAAAAAAACACUAUUACAAGCUUGGUAUACCUCGUUUUAAAAAAACAAACAAACACCUCAAAGGGGUAAACAUUUCCCUCUGUGUUGAUAUCCUUAGAAGGUGAUUUCUACAAAACAGUACUCCUCCGUUAAUAAUGGACGGAUUUUUACAAACAAUGUGUCAAAAUUAAGUAUUUUUUGUGUAUACGCCCCCUUUUGCCGAUUCCUGUAAUUAAAGUCCUUGGGCUUUGCCCCACAGGUCAUCAAAAUCCCAAUGUAUUUCUUAUGAAGAAAAGAUUUUGUUUACUUAAACAGGAGAUGAAUAAUUUGUAUUCAUUACAGCUGUUCAUAGUAAACACAUGAUACACACAAGAGCGUUCGUUUUCAGUUUCGAUAACUGGAGUGAUCUUUGAUUGAUUAAAUUAUCUUUGAGUUGACAUUUUUUAAGUCAUCGGAAUUUAUGACUGUUAUUUGUUUUGAAAUAACGCAUGUAAUGAUUUGCAAUUGCUCAAGUUCGAGCAACAGGUGCACUAGUAUUAUUUAUUAUGUGUUGUAGCAUAGUUUAGAAUUGAGUUGUACAGAGUUCAAAGGUCAAACAAUGUCUGAACAUAGGAAUUUGUGCAUAAUGGAGCCCCAAACAAAGUGGUAAGAUUGCACAAUAUUACUUUUGACAACAAAGGGACAAUUUAGAAUAGUCUGUGUUAUGACUUAGAGAAGCCUAAAGACAUCUUCUAAAGCCAUUUUAUCCAUUCAUAAUGCUUUUUCGAUCCUCAGAAUACUUUUUUACCGUAUUAUGCUUAAAUUUUUUGUUCACUUGCAAGCCUGCUAUAUGACAAGCUGCCUUGAAUGUGAUAAUGUAUAUACAUGUUUCAAAGUAUUUUGUACAGUUUUGUUUUUAUUAUUUUGUGUACUGUAAAAAGAUUUGUAAAGAGAUGGGAAAUAUAUAUAAUGUUAUCUGGAAAGAAAA